AUGUCCACUGAAAAGUUGACCUUCUUAACCAACUGGCACGCUACGCCGUACCACGCUCCGCUCUACCUGGCUCAGGUCAAGGGCUUUUUCCACGACGAAGGUAUCAAGGUCGCCAUCCUCGAACCGAAUGACCCCAGUGAUGUGACCGAAGUGGUGGGGAGAGGUGCCGUCCAGCUGGCCCUAAAGGCGAUGAUACAUACACUCGCGGCCAAAGCCCGCAGCUUUCCCGUGCUGUCCAUCGGCUCCCUUCUCGACGAGCCCUUCACCGGCGUUGUCUACCUCAAGGGCAGCGGAAUCACCUCGGACUUCACUAGCCUCAAGGGCAAACGGAUCGCGUAUGUCGGAGAGUUCGGAAAGAUCCAGCUAGACGAGCUGACCUCGCACUACGGCAUGACGCCCGCGGACUACACGGCGGUGCGCUGCGGUAUGAAUGUAGCCAAGGCCAUCCGCGAGGGCACCGUCGACGGCGGAAUCGGCCUCGAGAAUGUCCAGAUGGUCGAGCUGGAGGAAUGGCUCGUCUCCCAGGGACGGCCUCGCGAUGACGUUCAGAUGCUCCGGAUAGACAGCGCCGCGGGCUUGAAAUGCUGCUGCUUCUGCUCCAUCCUCUACAUCGGCAACGAGCGCUUCAUCGCCGAGAACCCGGACAAGGUCCGCGCCUUCCUUCGGGCGGUCAAACGAGCCACCGACUUCGUCUUGAAGCAGCCGGAGCAGGCCUGGAAGGAGUUUGUCGACUUCAAGCCUGUGAUGGGCACUGACGUGAACCGCAAGAUCUUCGAGCGGAGCUUCGCCUACUUCUCCCGCGACCUGAAUAACGUGAAGCGCGACUGGGAGAAGGUCACCGAGUACGGCAAGCGCCUGGGCGUGCUGGACGAGGCCUUCGUGCCGAACUACACCAACGAGUUCCUCCAGUGGCCGCUGGACGAGGAAUCGACGGACCCCACCGGCGACCAGAAGAAGAUGGCCGAGAUCCAGGCUGACGUCCGUCUCAACGGCGGCUUCCAGCGCCUUCAGGGCUGCGGCUGUGGAGGUACCUCGGCCAAAGUCGGCGCUUGA